AUGAGAAAUUGUCAACAACUUUCAUCAUCUGUUUAUUGUUGUGUUAUCACUAUAGAUGAUAAUAAUUCUUUUGCUCAAAAAGGUACACACUGUUUUCGUCAAAAAUAUGUAAAUAUCAUUGAUCAUUUUUAUGAAAAAAAUAUGCAAAUGACUUCAAUAUGGCAAACUUUAUCAAAUGAUGAAACAGUUAUCCUACUUCAAAAUACAACUGGUAAAUAUAGUAUGUUUGAUACCAAACAUGGCAACUUAAUGCCUAUUUUGGAUACUGAAGAAUAUUCAAAUUUAACAUUUGUGGCAUCAUUUUUUGGAAUGAAUAAUGCUGAAGAAUUAACUGAACUUGCUCAAGAUAAUUACAAAUUUUAUAUUUGCGAAUAUCUUCGCGAUUCAAAACAUCGUUUUCUGUUGCAAGAAUGUUAUGCGACAAGAUUAUUUAAAUUGGAAAAAUUUUCACACGUCAAAUUUUGUGCCAAUCCAAUCUAUCAAGCAAUCAUUCAACUUCGUAAUGUUUAUACAAAUAUCAACUGGCAAUUACAGGUAAUAUAUACAUCAACAAAUGAUAUCAAUGAUAAUAACAUUUACACGGUUGAUUCCGUUGAUUUAAUCACUGAUAAACAAAUUGCAAUGAUUUGUUCACCAUUUAACAUCGAUAUUUAUUUGUUAUCAAAUAAUGUUCUCGUACAUUAUGCUGUUGAUUUACCUAAAGUUGAUGGUGAAACAUUAAUUGGCAAUUAUUUUUGA